AUUUGAUUAGCCGAAACAAUUCUCAGUGAGUUGGCAAGUCUGGUCGAGCAAAAUGUUACGUAUAAAUGGAGGAAUCGGAGCAGUUGGACGCUUCUAUAGCUACAAAUCUGUGAGGCGGCCCAAUCUAAAGGUGAUUGGUUCAAACAAUGCAGAAAUCCAGCCCAAAACGGAUUUGGGAUCACCAACUCCUGAUGGCGGAAACGGUUCAUCCCUGGCCAAUCAGCUGAAAGCCAAAAUAUUAGCCACUGGCCCUAUAACAGUGGCCGAUUAUAUGCGUGAGGUUUUGACGAAUCCUCAAGGGGGUUACUACAUGAAGCGAGAUGUUUUUGGCCGCGAAGGAGAUUUCAUUACUUCACCGGAAAUUUCUCAAAUCUUUGGUGAACUGGUCGGAAUUUGGUUGGUCAAUGAGUGGCGGAAACUUGGUAGUCCUUCACCCUUUCAAUUUGUGGAGCUUGGCCCUGGUCGUGGCACAUUGGCCCGGGAUGUUCUGAAAGUAUUGACCAAAUUCAAAUUAGGAGCCGAGUUCUCUAUGCAUCUGGUGGAGAUUAGUCCAUAUUUGAGCAAGUUACAGGCCCAACGCUUCUGCUAUCAACACGAAACUCUUACGGAGGAUGCAGCUGCCCAAUUGCCACACUACCAAGUGGGCACCACUGCCACUGGUUCGAAAGCGUUUUGGCAUAAACGGCUAGAGGAUGUGCCCGAGGGAUUCUCUUUGGUGCUGGCUCAUGAAUAUUUUGAUGCAUUGCCAACGCACAAGCUUCAACUGGUCAAUGGCAAAUGGCACGAAGUGCUCAUAGAUGUAGAAGAAAAACCACAAAAUAAGGAGAAUGAGUUUCGUUAUGUUCUAUCCAAGUCCCAGACUCCGGUUUCUCACGUAUUUCGACCACUAACCGAAGAGACACGUUCUUGUCUGGAAUAUUCAUUGGAAACUGAACGUCAAGUCGGACUUCUGGCCCAGCGUCUGGAAAAGAAUGGCGGCAUUUCUCUAAUCAUGGACUAUGGACAUUUUGGCGAGAAAACAGACACAUUUCGUGCCUUCAAACAGCAUGCUCUGCAUGAUCCACUCUUGGAACCAGGCAGCGCUGAUCUCACAGCCGAUGUGGACUUUAAAUUGGUUAAGAACACAGCCGAGUCCCAAGGAAACAUAUAUUGCUGUGGACCCAUCGAACAGGGUGACUUUCUCAAGCGCAUGCAAGGCGAUGUGAGAUUGGAGCAACUGUUGGCCCAUGCUCUACCCGAAAACCAAGAGAUUAUACGCUCCGGCUAUCAGAUGCUGACAGACCCAAAACAAAUGGGCAGCCGUUUCAAGUUUCUAGCCAUGUUCCCAGGCAUUCUUCAUGAGCAUCUCGAAAAGUAUCCUGUGGCCGGUUUCAGUUGAGAAUAAUUUUCUUUCAUUGUUUCGUUUUAAAUAGUUAAAUAAAUUACCAGAAGUCAAAUCUAAAUCAA